UCUGGUGCGUGCGUAGGAGAACGUCGCGAUCACGAGAGAAAGAGACGGGGAGCCUUGACGUUUAUCCGCUCGGACCGUCGCGCGAGUCCCCGGUACACAAUACGUGAAUCCUCCGCGUGUGUCCCAUGCACGUUCCAGCGAAUACGCGUGUCGCACUUUCGGGAGUGACGGAUGUGUAAUAUCCGACGUAGUGCGGGUCGCGAGUGGGUUCGGUGUCGCGAGGCAUGAUUACCGGUUCGAAGAAGCCGAGGAGGAAUCGCUGGGACAAGAGAGGGACAGAGAAAACGGACUAUUUAACAGAGUCCUAAUAAUAGCCGGUGCGCAUUCGUACGCGAGUAUACUAAGCGCCUAUAAAUACGCGCGUACCACGGCCCGCGGAAACACGAGCCCGUGGAUUUCACGGUGCAACCUGCCACGAGGAAAAGACGGGAAGAUCGCAGGGGAAAAGGGGGAGAAUAAUCUUCGAGGGAGGAGGGCGCACCUGGCGCGAGAAACUUGCCAUAAUCGGAUCUAGUCGGAGGCAGUAACGCAAGAUAAUCGCGAGGGACCGAAAGGACACGAUAAAAGAGUGGGAGAGAGGGAGAGAGGAACGAUCGGACUGUACCAGCCUCUGAAAGGAGAUUAGAGAAUAACCGCAACUGGAGUGCGAGAUUUUAUUAUUCCGCGUAUAUCCUUUCUUUGACUCUCGUAACACGAGAAACAUCCCGGUGUUCGUCGGAGCUUGCAGCAACUCUCUACGAACGGCGGUGGCCUAAAAAUAUCUCCUUCCUGCAUAUUCUGACGCGUUUACACCGUCGCGAGUACAGCGACGCGUUCCUCCUUUGUCGUCGCCGUACACUUUUUAACCCUCCGCAGCUUUCUCUUCGAAAGCACGCGACCGCUUCACCGCACCGACGACGGCCUCGGUGUUCGAACCGGGAGAAAAUCCCGCGCGGAUACUUUCGCUCGAUCGGAAGGGGAAGGAAAAGAUGCCGCGGAGAAAAGCGUAUGCGAACGAUCGUCGCGGAUGAUCGCCGAAAGGUAUGAAGAUCGGCUCGAUUGACGUUGGCUCGUACGCAGCCGAAUAUCCGCCGUCGGACUCGCGACCAGGCCUCGACCGUCGGCACGAGACUUCCUCGACGUUAAAAUGAACGCAUCGUCCGGUAGUUUACCAAGUAUAAAAAACAGAAGGAACCGCCUCAACCCUCGAACGCACGAUUUUCAUUGAGGGAUCGUUAAAGAAGUCUGAAGGAUCGAGAUAAAAUAUCAGUGCGUGAAACGAAGUGCACGGGAGGACAGUGGUCCACGGUGGAGGGUGGAGGGAACGGAGUGCAAGGGGUCGCCGUGGGCCCCGGAGAUGAUGCGAUGAUGGCCUACGGUGGAACCACCGGAAACGGAGGUGCGAUGGGACCUUCUUCUGGUGGUGCGGACGUUUUGGGUUCGACCGGUGAUUACAGCCCGCAGGGCACACCGACGCCUCUCACGGGACACGCAGCCGGACCCGUCGAGGCUACUACCUACGGCCCCGGCACCGGUCCGGCGAGCUACAGUCCUCAAGACAGUCCCGCGAGUUCUGCCGGCGGUGGUAGCAGCAAUGGACAACUUCCCAGCUUCGGCUUCACCCAGGAACAAGUCGCCUGCGUUUGCGAGGCGAUGGUGUCGUCUGUCCAGGUUCUCCAGCAGGCAGGCUCCGUGGAGAGGCUCGGCAGGUUCCUCUGGUCCCUGCCGGCGUGCACCAGGCUGCACCGACACGAGAGCGUGCUGAAAGCGAAGGCGAUCGUAGCUUUCCACCGGGGACACUUCAAGGAACUGUACAGGAUCCUUGAGAGUCACACGUUCAGCCCGCACAAUCACCAGAAACUGCAGGCCCUCUGGCUGAAGGCUCAUUACAUCGAGGCCGAGAGGCUCAGAGGAAGGCCUCUCGGUGCUGUCGGGAAGUAUCGCGUUCGACGCAAGUUUCCGCUGCCCCGGACUAUUUGGGACGGCGAAGAGACGUCUUACUGCUUCAAGGAAAAGUCCAGGAGCGUCCUGAGGGAUUGGUACGCCACCAAUCCUUAUCCCUCGCCUCGAGAGAAGCGAGAAUUGGCAGAGAGCACCGGCCUGACCACCACGCAAGUCAGCAACUGGUUCAAGAACCGGAGACAAAGGGAUCGCGCGGCCGAACACAGCGGUCAGAGGGAGGACAAGACCCACGGCGGCGGUUUGGGCGACUCGAGCAGCGAAAGCGGCGACGACACGAAAAGACAGGCCGUUACCCAGCAGCAACAGCAGCAGCAACCGACCGCCUGCGCGGUUCAACAGCAGCAGCAACAACAGCAACAGAUGGUGGACCACCAGCAGACGUCCAGCAUGUACCAGUUACCACCGCCCGUCUCCGUUUCCAGCCCUCACUCGUACCACCAGGGCCACGGGUCCAGCUUGAGCCAUCCUCACACGCCGACGCACCACAUGCAGCACCACGACACCGGCAGCGAGAGCGGCGACGACAAGAGGAACCUCCAUCAUCAGUUGCAGCAUCAUCUUCAGGUCGGUGCUCACGGUACUCACGGCUUGGUACACCCUACGGCGACGUUACCUCCGCCACCGCCCAGCUGCGCCCAGCAGAAGACCCAAUUGGACUAUAUGCAGUAUUAUAGUCCACAGGAUUACCUGAUCACGCCGACUUCCGCGGAUCUACAGAAGUCGUUGCCGCACACGGCCACGUCGAUGCAGAUGGGUGCUAUAGCUCCUUCCAUGGGUGGGCUGAGCCCGAUGGGACCGUCGACGAUGCUGCCGAACACGAUGCAGGGCGUCAACACGAUGAACACGAUGUCGAUGAACGGGAUGGGCAUGGGGGCGUAUCAAGGCAUGGGUUCCAUGGGUAUGUCCACGUCGCACGGUAGUUAUCACAGCGGCCUGGUGUUGGGCGAUUACCACUCGUUGUGACCCUGGGCCCCGAGCACUCAGUCAAAAAGGAACCAAGAGAAAACUUAAAGCUGGAACUCGCUGUCGAAUCGCGGGGCGGACUCGGCCACCAAUUCGUCAGUAAGAUAAAACAAUUAUUUUAUUCCGAGGACCGUUCGUCCGUUCGCGUACUCGGUGAAAAAUCGAACGUUUUCCACGCAAAUCGAUAGUUCGAACGAGCCUCGAUCAGGAUCACAGUACGUACAAUAGUAGACAAAUUACUGUUGCAACUUUAAAUCGGCAAUCGUGAUCUCCAAUUCGUUUGGAUCCCUAAACGAUUCGGGUCGUACCUCGAUCUUUCAAAUCGCCACGCGCAGAGACUAAAUCGUUUUCUGAGACGAAAGGAAGCCGAUGAUUCGGUAUCGCACAUGCAUACAAGCGUACAAUAUACAUAACACAAAACACCGUGUACAUUGUACUCCCGAUUUUUGUUGGGGAACACGAUAGAGUAUAUAUAUAAAUAUAUAAAUAUAAAUAUAGUACGUACGAUUAUACGAAUAGUAGCUGUGAGAGAGGGAGGAAGCAGCAGAACGCUUCCGAUUGAAAAAUAGCAAAAGACAUGUUAGCAUUUUUCUUUUUUCUUCCCGUAUCGCCGCGCGACGCAAGACAGUCCUCGUCACAUUUCCAGACAGGCGCUUCGGACACGUCGUUCUACCUAUUUUUCGUACAACUUCUCGAAUUAAAGAAACACGCGCCAUUUACGGUUACCAGUAGUUCCAGACUGUCCAAGCUUCUCGAUCUCGACGAAAGCCAUGCUCCUCUAUUUAUUAAAAAUCGAUUCAUUCGUACAGAUUAUUGAUCUUUGAAAAGAGACGAGAAAC